AUGUCUCAGACGAUGUCUGACCUUCCCAGCGCAUAUUUAACGGCGACCGCCCCCACUAUAACCUUACUCUGCCUCUUGGCUCCUCCCCCUCAUCUUGACCCAAACCAAACACCAAAUACUACCAAUCGAAAUCAUGUUAUCUGCGAUUGGCAUCCACUCACAGCCCCGACGCCCCCUGCAAUGUCAUGUUCCAAAUCAGCGUCGUCGAUUACGUCGCUUGACAUUCCUGGAACCUGGAAGGUGUCCUACGACAGUGAGGAGACUACCUGGACUUCGUUAGUAAAAUCAUUCUACCAGUCUCAAAUGAUGCCCGCUUGGUUCUUAUCUAACCAUGUCGCAGUCGAAGAACCAAUAUCCGCUACAACGAGCUCUGUCGCCCAGCCGGUGCUUGGCAUGAAAGUCAACGGCAAUGGCCGUCCCAUUCUGGCAACUCGUCCUUCAGUCUCGAUUCCCAUACCUCCCCUCAUGGAGCCAUCACCGUGCGAGCCUUAUAUCCCGGAAUUACCUAAGGCCCUCGACUGGGACCUUGACCUUGCCAUGCCGCUCGAUUAUAGGCCCACCCGAUUCCAACCCAGUCUGCGCAUCGCUGUUCUCACCCAUCAGGCGAUACUCGCCCAAGAGAGAGCUGACGAAGCAGAAGCGCGGGCAUUUUGGAAGGCUCAGCGGAAGGCGGCGGAGGACGAGAAGUGGCGGCUCAUCGGGAUCAAGAUGGACCUCCUUGUCCCGAAACGGUUAACGAUGAUGCAAAGACUCAAGCGCAGACUUGCGCGGAUAUGA